UUAUUAAUUCCUUUCCGAAAAGGGUACUCAAAUCUCUUUUCUUCUUUUAAUUUCAUCCAUGGAUGCACUCGGUGUUCAUCAAGUGAAGAGAACCAAGAAGAACUCGAAGAGGAGAAAUUCCAAGAAAGAUUUGAAAGUCGUUUAUAUCUCCAGUCCCAUGAAGGUCAAGACGUGUGCCUCGCAAUUCCGAGCUUUGGUCCAAGAACUCACUGGCAAAGACUCUGACGUCGCCGACCGGUUCAUCGACAGCUCUAGCUACAAUGACACCACUCCCGAGAACUCGCCGACGAAUUCCGACACGACGAGGACUACUGCUGAGGGUGAUGGUGUUAUUGGUCAGCUGCCCCUGCUUGAUUUCAACAACGAUCAAUCAGUGUUUGGUCCAUUUGAUGAUGGAAUUAUGUCGGAAGGGAGUUUCUUGGGGAUGUUUACAUCAAAUUUGUUCCAUGAUCCAUCGCAGUUUGAUGCUAUUAGAAGCUUUGGUUCAGUUUAAUUAAUUUAAGUAUGUAAUUAUAU